UGCGAAUUUCAUAUUUGCUGACGUCGGUUGCCAAGGGCGAAUUUCUGAUGGCGGUGUAUUCCGUGGGAGUACUUUGCAUAGAAUGAUCGACAAAAACCGAUUGGGGCUUCCAAUGGCUGAAAAACUGCCUGGAAGGUCUAUGUCAGAACCGGUACCAUACUUCUUUGCGGGAGAUAGUGCAUUCGCUCUAAGUGAUAAUCUAAUGAAGCCCUAUCAUGGAGACUAUCCAAAGGGGACUCCCCAAAGAAUAUUCAACUACAGAUUGAGUAGGGCACGCCAAGUGGUCGAAGAUGCGUUCGGAAUAUUAAGUGCUGAAUUUCGAGUUUUAAGGAAGCCAAUGAUACUGGCUCCUGAAAAAGUUGAGCUAGUUGUGAUGGCAGCAAUGUUGCUGCAGAAUUAGAACUCUGUCAAUGAAUUUCUACAAUGUUCAUGUAGUUAAUUUUUCAGUGUGAAUUUUGUCGUGAGAAAUUUAUUUUUCUGUUGAAAAAUAAUUUUAUCAAAUUAAGAUUUCACCUGUGCUAGCCAAGUUGUUUGAGAGGAUUUUACUGAGUAGGCUUACACCAAUCAUUGAGAGACAGCAAAUAAUUCCAAAUCACCAAUUUGGCUUCAGAGUGAAACACUCAACGAUAGACCAGGUGCAUAGGAUUGUUAAUAUAAUAGAGAAGUGCCUAGAAGAGAGAAAAGUUUGUUCAGCAGCUUUCCUUGAUAUAGGGCAAGCUUUUGAUAAAGUGUGGCAUAAAGGUCUUCUUUUUAACUGAGAAAAGUGCUACUAAAGCAAUUUACAGAUAUAUUACAAUCCUAUCUGACUGACAGAUUCUUUAGAGUCAGGCAUGAAAAUUCAUAUUCUGAUUUGAUGGAAAUAAAAGCAGGAGCUCCUCAAGGAAGUUUUCUAGGACCAUUUCUCUACCUACUCUAUACCAGCGAUAUUCCCAGUCUUGAUGAGAAUACCACAGCAACAUUUGCAGACGAUACAGCCAUAUUAUCAGUAGACAGUAAUAUUCAUAUUGCAACAGAAAAACUACAGAGAUCCAUCAACGAAAUUUAAGAUUGGACUAGAAAGUGGAAGAUUAAACUAAAUGAAGCAAAAUCGAUUAGCAUCAACUUCACCAAUAAGAAGGAUCUGCCCAUACCAAUAGCAAUCAACAACCAAGUUGUACCAUAUGCCAAUGAUGCCAAGUAUCUAGGUAUGACCUUGGACACAAAGCUUCGCUGGAAGGCCCAUGUCAAGAAGAAGUGAGAGGAGCUUGGAAUCGAAUAUAAGAAGCUGUAUUGGCUGAUCGGUAAAACCUCCUACCUAUCAAUCGAAAACAAAGUACUUCUGUACAUACAGAUAUUGAAGCCAGUAUGGACGUAUGGUAUACAACUUUGAGGGUGUACGAAAGACAGCAACAUCAAUGUCAUACAACGAUUCCAGAACAAGGUGC